CCCUGUCAUAACGAUAAAAAUAUUACGAAUGUUUCAUGAUGGCGUGUCUCACAUCAGGAGCAUGGGUCCCCGGUUGUUCGGGUAAGGAAUAUGGUGGUGGGGUAGCAGUCUACAAGCAUACCCCCUGUUGGUUUGCACGAUCGACGAAUUGUUGAUGUGCCAAAAUUCCAAUUAAUUAAACAUAUUUUGGCCUUGGACACACUUGAGUAACCUGACCUUGAAAAUAAGUUGGCCUGGGAGUUAUAUAAACACCUAUUCAGACGAUGCAACUCUUCAGUUCGGAUCGUGUACGCAGAAGAAGUAAACAUCAACGACAAUCCAUCCGUGUGAGGUUAGAACGAUAUGGGUCUUCAAUUCAUGCUCCAGUUUUCUUGCUUGUUCAUGGUAUGGAUAAGUUUUGGAAAAACGAAUCCCUUGCAUAGUGCCCGGCAAAUUUCAACCGCUGAACCAGAAAAGGCGAAGCCUGUUGUAUUUGUGGUUGGUGCAGAUGGAUUCCUUGGUAAAAUGGCGAUAUACGCAUUGUCCGCAAAGCAUGGUAAAACGUUGGACAUUCGAGUCGGCGUACGAGUUCCUGGCAAAGCUAAGAGUUUGAGGUCGCUUGCUGGAGUGACUGUUUAUCAAGCAGAAUUAGGAAAGAAAGAUCGACUCAGGAAACUCUUCAAAGAUGUCACUUCAGUUUUUAUAAUCAGCUCGGAUUAUGGCGUGGGAAUGCGAGCUGAACUGACCAUUGCCACAGCGGAAGCGGCCAAAGAGGCAGGCGCGAAACACAUUUUGAUAUACAGCCUUGUCGCAGCACAGAGGCCCGAUACCAUUUUUGGCAAGCAGUACAGCAAGAUUGAGACCGCCAUUUCGAAGCUCAAUGUCCCAUACACCGUCCUUCGUUUGCCAAUCCUGAUUGCCAAUCUCCUGGCCCACCAAGAUACAAUUAAAAACAUGUCAACAAUUUAUUGGCCGUUGGACCCAGACGCACCGUUUAGCGGAGUUGUCACGGGCGACGCUUCAACCGCAGCGGCUGUAAUCCUCGCAUCCCCUCAGCGCCACGCGGGGAAGAUAUACACCAUAGUAAGUGAUCGUGUCACCUACAACGAAAUAGUGGAAUUUUUCAGGGAGGCGCUUGGCCGCCAUGUUGGAUACGUUCGCACGUCCUACGAAGACACGACAGCCUUCCUCCAGACACACGACUUCUCCAAGAACAGAGCGAAAGCGAUUUUGGAGUUGUAUCGUCUCAUCGACGCCCGCAGCAACGUUACGGACCAAACGAAUCUCAACGACUACACCCAGAUAACUGGUCAAAAUCCAACUUCGACCCGAAGUUGGAUAAAGAAGCGUGCAUUCCUGUUCAAGUGAAUAAUGUGAAAUGCCACGCAAUUGUUUGAAUAUAUAACGCUUAUAUUCCUGUACUCUUUUUUUACAAAAACGAAAAAAAUAUUCAGUUAAAGAAUGUACAUAAUCUGUAACCCGACGAUGGUGUAAACUCCGGAACUUUUUU